UGGAAACAGCUCAAUGGUGGAUGGCUGUUCUCACUGUGUUGACACUAUUGGUGCAGUGAUGAGCCCGUUUUACUCAAUUUCACACUUUUUUUUGUGCAUUUUCAUGGACAGGGUUUACCUUUAAUUCAUGUGACAGAGCACCUAGCGUGGAUUGUAGUUAUGAUGGGUCUCACAAACACUGGAUAAAGUUGAAUCAAGAAAAGCACCAUGAGUUCUGCAAGACGGAAAUAAAUAAAGAUGUGUUUACAAAGGAUGCGUCUUUGCAAUAUCUAAGAGAGGGAAAUGGACAUACUUUGAGAGGAUGUAUUGGAGAACAGCACUUGUGAUCUUGGCCUUUCUUACUCAUGCCAUUACAGAAAUGCGAGUGACUGGUCAAACGUUGGAUGUGUGUGCCACCUGUCACCCUAACGCCACCUGUGAGGAGAAGGUGGAUGGUACCGGCAAAGCCUGUAACUGCAUGUACGGCUUUGUUGGUAAUGGAAGAACUUACUGUCAAGACAAAAAUGAAUGUCAGAUAGGAGCCAAUAAGAUCUGUGGGCAGCAUACUGCCUGCCAUAACACCUAUGGAAGCUUCUACUGCACCUGCCUGGCAGGAUACAGCCCUUCCAACAACAUGGCCAUUUUCAUCCCCAAUGAUGGAACCCGCUGUCAGGACAUUAAUGAGUGUAGAGUCCAAGGGAUCUGUGGUGAGGGGGGUAAGUGCACAAACAUGCAGGGGUAUUUUAACUGCCUCUGCCAAGUGGGAUACCAGGUUCACAAUGGAGCAGAGCCAUUCCACCCACACCAGGACAAGGCCUUGUGCAAAGCCGUUGAUUGUGGGCAGCCUCCCUCGGCUCUGAAUGCAGUCCAGCUGUCAGCCACAGGAACACAUUACGGCAGCGUCGCUAAAUUUGGCUGCUCUGAGGGAUUCUUCUGGAAAAGCGGGGAGAACUCCUCCGUUUGUGGGGCAGAAAGUGUGUGGAAGGGCCCAAGUCUUGUUUGUGAAGAGGUUGACUGUGGCUUGCCCCCUGCCCUCCCUCACUCAGUAAUGUUGUGGGAUCAGAGCACCAGGAUAGGCUCUGAGGUGGUUUAUCAGUGUAACUCUGGAUAUUACAAUGUGGGAGAGGGAAAUGUAUCAAUAUGCACUGCCAAUGGACAGUGGGACAAGUCAGCUUUGCUAUGUGCAGAGAUAACGUGUGGUGAUCCCCCUAUACUGCCCCACACUGGGCAGGUGUGGAAUGGCAGCACAAACCCUGGCAGCACUGUUCUGUUUUACUGUAAAGGAGGGUUUUAUAGAGAGGGAGGGGGGAAUAUUUCCCAAUGCACUAGAGAUGGUUACUGGACAAAGGCAACGUUGUCAUGUAAAGAGGUUGACUGUAGUUCUCCCCCUGCCCUCCCUCACUCAGUAAUGUUGUGGGAUCAGAGCACCAGGAUAGGCUCUGAGGUGGUUUAUCAGUGUAACUCUGGAUAUUACAAUGUGGGAGAGGGAAAUGUAUCAGUAUGCACUGCCAAUGGACAGUGGGACCAGACAUCUUUUCUAUGUGAAGAGAUAACGUGUGGUGAUCCCCCUAUACUGCCCCACACUGGGCAGGUGUGGAAUGGCAGCACAAACCCUGGCAGCACUGUGCUGUUUUACUGUAAAGAGGGAUUUCAUAGAGAGGGAGGAGGUAAUAUUUCCUACUGUACAGAAAAUGGUUUCUGGACAAAGGCAACAAUAUCAUGCAAAGAAAUAAUGUGUGGCGGUCCCCCUAUACUGCCCCACACUGGACAGGUGUGGAAUGGCAGCACAAACCCUGGCAGCACUGUGCUGUUUUACUGUAAAGAGGGAUUUCAUAGAGAGCGAGGGGGGGAUAUUUCCCAAUGCACUAAAGACGGUAACUGGACAAAGGCAACAUUGUCAUGUAAAGCCGUUGAUUGUGGGCAGCCUCCCUCGGCUCUGAAUGCAGUCCAGCUGUCAGCCACAGGAACACAUUACGGCAGCGUCGCUAAAUUUGGCUGCUCUGAGGGAUUCUUCUGGAAAAGCGGGGAGAACUCCUCCGUUUGUGGGGCAGAAAGUGUGUGGAAGGGCCCAAGUCUUGUUUGUGAAGAGAUUGACUGUGGGGAGCCAGUAUUUAUAUCCCAUGCUAAGACGCUAUGGGACCAGACAUCGUUGAUUGGUAGUGUGGUUUAUUACCAAUGUGUUGAAGGAUAUUACUCUACGAGUGGGAAAUGUUACACUGAGUGUGGAAAGAAUGGACUUUGGGAGGAUAUAGAAAUUCAAUGUGAAGAGUUAAACUGUGGGGCUCCACUAACCCUUCCCCAUACUAACAUGCUGUGGGACAAUACAACUGUCCUGGGCAGUGUGAUUGAGUAUGUAUGUAAGGAUGGAUUUUACCAGGAGGGAGGAAAUAGUCUCUCAACAUGUAUAUCAUCAGGACAGUGGGGAAUUGUUUCAAUAAUAUGCAAAGCUACAUGUGGACCGGCCCCUGCUCUGUCCAACACAGAGGUGGUGCUGCAGAACACAAGUGUUGUGUUCCAUCGUUGUCUGGAAGGAUUCCACAGCUGGAGAGGAAGAAACACCUCUGUUUGUGACAUCACUGGGAAGUGGCAAGCUGCCACAAUGCGAUGCAGAGAAAUCAAGCCUGCCAUCAGCGACUUGGUUGUCUUUCAUGAAAAAUGUUUGCGUUGGAAAGCAGACAAGUAUGAAGAAGACACAGAGAAUUACAGAGUAGUAUUUGUGGGAUUCAGGGCCUAUCAAAGGUCAUUCCAUGACAAGAGGAAGAAGCUCCUCAGCUCCACUUCAGACCACCCUGAGAUCUGCCUGAACCUGCUGCCUGUUACCAACUACACCAUCAGCAUCACUGCACUGUCUGCCAGGUUCACCUCCACACUCACAACAAACACCAGCCUACAAGUGCCUCAAGCCCCAGAGAUUUUAUACAGAGAAAUUGAGGCUCCAUUGCCCACUUUGUGGCUACGCAGAUCAGCUAACACUCUGGACCCAAUUAGUUUCUACCAGGUGUUUGUGUUGCCACUGGAGGGGACUCUUGUGUUUGACUGCAGCUCUCUUAACACCCCAGACUUCUCCAGUCAGAGGAAGCCCCAUGGACAGUACAUCACUGCCCAGCUCCAUCUGAGGGAUAUAGGGAAAGAGAUUAACCUGACUUUGGGCGAUGGACACUACUAUGGAGGGUUCUACAAUGCUCCUUUACAGAACGGCAGAGACUAUUACAUCAUAUUACGAGCUGUCAGUCAAUGGGGAGGGGCUUUCAAGCACUCUUGUGUUAUUUGGGCAAAAGUGAGAGAUAUAUCCUACAUAAUGAAGGUUUCAUCGCUUUUUGCUGGGGGAUCAAUUGGAGUCUUUGCUUUGGCCAUUUUUCUGGGACACUGUUACACCUGGUUUUGUAAGAAGACAUGACAGUCAUCCUGAGGACUGACUUUUUAAGUUGGGUCACACUUGGUUUAUAUUAGCAUAAUGUUCAGCGACAUUUACCUGUAAUAUUGUAACUGUGUAAAAAUGUGUUUUGUAUUGUAGUUGUUUUCUGUACUAAAAUAAAGGUAAAAAAAUGUU